CACACGGCCUUUUAACAGAAGCUGGAUUGACUAGUGUUCUGCGCGCGCAUGAGAUCUUCACAAACCUCAAGUGGUGCUUUAAAUUUAGUUUUCUUUUUUCUUUGUCAGCUUUAUGUAGCUCUUUGCUGUAGUUAUAUAACAGGAUAUGUGUCAGUAAUGUGCGUUAUUCAGCUAGCUUGGUAGAUUGUAUGCGUUGGUAUUACAAGCUCGAGGUUGCUAAGCAACCGAACUUUCCCUGGAACUAAACAACUAGUUAGUAAAAUGAGUGUAAAUGACUUAUCUGUAUGUUUUACUGUGUUUAUCCAAUCUGUCAUGUGUUAAGUGACGGUCAUGUCCAAGUCUGUGGUUGUGCUGAAGUUUGGUCAGCAUGGGGAGCCUCGGUGGUGCUGAGCGUCUGGAUGAGGUUCACUGUUUAUGGGCUCUGUGUCCACAUCCGUGCUGCUGGGAGGCUGAGCGGCGCAUCGCUAAAGGCAUUUACCGCCGUGCAGUCAGAGUGCCAACUAAACACCGUGCUAACACUGAAGAAAGUUUGCCGUCUCUGGCGGUGGUGGAUGUUUCCGAGUGGGCAGGAGCGAGGACUGUGUGUUCAGACAGAGCAUAUCUGAGCAGAAUUCCCUCCAAGGCUGUACCUCCACGGAAGGACACCACACAGAGGCUUAAAACUACAGAUCCAUCUUUCCCAGCGAUCCCCUCAGCAGCAGCUAAAUCCCAUACCAGAGAAAGUGGCAUCAGAGACAAAAGUGACAACACAGCUCACAUUAGCCCUCUGAUUGGCUCGCCAUGGGGAUCAGGAUCUUUAGUGUUGUGGGUCCCGAAUCCUCAUUACAUCCCUCAGUGUCUUAAGAGCUCAAAAUCUGCACACUGCUCUGUGAAGGAGUUAAUCUGCCUCCCAGCUCCUCAGACACAGAACACACCUAAAGCAAAGCGUAAAGGAACGACGAAGAGGGUGCGGUUCCAGCUCACCUGUUCACCCUUGACCUUUCACCCCAGCCAGUGGGCGGAGUCAGUCUCUCCGGGUCAGCUGGAGGCGGAUACAGGAGACGAUAUGAAUGCAUCAGCAGCCGAGGAUGAACCUGAACUCCCUGGAGACCCGAGUGCGUUCCUGGUGAAGAACAAACCCGUUGUUUUUCACAGUGUCCGAGAGAGGAGGGUCAGGAGAGCGAGCCAGGACACACCAGCUUCACUUUACAAACUGGACAGCAAGACAGGUGAGGAGGACACUGACUGGGACAGUCUGAGGGGACAGCCGUACCUCUGGAAGAGACAUAACGUCCUUCCUGCGGUCCUCAGUCCACCAGGGGGCGCCAGAGGAGCUCAGGAGACUGUUGGCUCUUCUCCCGUUUCUAAACUGAGCUCAGAUCGAACGCUUCACAGCCCACAGUGUGCAGCUCCUGCAGCAUGGCCGUGUGUGAAGAGGACCUUGUGUCACAGCCGGUACACUCAUCCUCUGCUCUCUCACAAGAAGCACCAUCAAGGAACCGGGUCAGAACUGGACAUGACCAUCCGUAGCACUUCUGCUGUAACCGAACACAAUCAGCUACACAGAAUGUUGGACACAGAUGAGAGGCGUGGGAGACACAGGGGCAGUAAAGGCACCGACGCUCCAUUGAACUCUGAGUUUUACAGCCAGCGCUCCACCCACAAGCUCUACGAAAACUCUAAUCCCAAUCCUGACACCAGCCCAGAUCUGAGGAUCAUCACUGGAGCGAUGGAACCCUGGGGAGGGAGAAGCUCUACAGAACAUAUCUGCACUUCCACACCAAGCCUCAGAUAUCUGUAACACACACACACACCGAUUGGUUCUGAUCCGAAUCAUUUACUGGGUCAUGAACUACUUCAUUGUAGAGAAGUAACAGGUCUGUUACAACAUCUGUAGAUCUUUCUAGAUCUUUUCUAUAUCAGUGUACAGAGUUGCAUGUCCUAUUGUCUCAGAAGGACAGAUACACACCUGGGUUCUGCACUCUUCAUGAACGUUAGUGCUUUGACAGCAGUCUUUUACUCUUAAAAAUACAUUGCCAAACACAUUUCACAAUUUUCCACUUACCCUGAAUGUGUGGAACUGCAAGGCUAAUGUAGCUCAUUUUGAAAAUAAAUGAUAAUUCAUGUGGAAAAAUCAGGUGUGAAAAUAAAUGAAUCAUGAAAAAAAUCACAUGUGAAAAAUGAUUCAUGUGGAAGGGAAACAUCACAGGUAAAAAUAAAUGAAUGAGUCCAUCUCUUUGGCUUGAGGUUACUGUGGAGGUUAGAAACCUUCAUGGUUCACCUCUUCAAAGCUACAGGGGUGGAUGAGAUUCAGCCGGAGAUGCUGAGGGCCCUGGACAAGGUUGGGGUUGUGUGGUUAACACACCUCUUCAAUGUAAGUCAAACUGGGAUGGUUGUCCCUAUUUUUUAAAAAGAAGGGGCCCAGUUAAGGGGAAUCACACUCCCUCAGCCACCCAGGAAAAGUCUAUGGCAGGGUUCUGGACAGGAGACUACACCCGAUAGUUAAAUUUAGGAUUCAGCAUGAACAAUGUUAGAACAGUGGGGACGUGGUAGUGUUACUCUUUCACAGCUUUGUGAGGGGGCAUGGUAGGGUGCUAAUCCAAUCUACAUGUGUUUUGUGGAUUUGGAGAAGGCCUGUGAUUAUGUGUCUCGACUCUUGCUCUGAGAGGUGCUGCAGGAAUUACGGGGUAUCUGGACUCUGUAUGAGCACAGUGAGAUUGCAUCUGCAUUAUUGGUGUUAAGUCAAAAUUGUUUAAGGUGGGCGUCGGACUCCAUCAAGGGUGGACGUGUGUUAUCUCCAUUCCUGUUUGUGAUUAUCAUGGACAGGAUAUCAAGGCCCAGUCAGGGUUGGAGAGGUGACCAGUAUGUGGGGCUAGAGGUAACAUCCCUGUUAUUUGCAGAUGAUGAUAUGCAUUUGACAUUUUUCUGCUGAGCACCAAACAACUGGGAUGAAAAUCAGCACCCCAACUCCGAAGUCAUGGUCCUCUCCCAGGAAAGAGUGGGAUGCUCAUUUUUAGGUGAGUGGAGAGACCUUAACCCUGGUGGUGGAGGAGUUCAAGUAUCUUGGGAUGUUAUUGUCAAGUGAUAGAAAACGUAAGCAUGAGAUUGACAAACAGAUUAGGUCAGCGACAGCAGUGUUAACGAUCUGAGGUGGUGAAGCAGGUCCUUGGUUUGUGACAAACCUCUCUGUUUAGUCUCUCAGUCAGUCUACGUCCCUGUCCUCACCUGUGGUCACGAGCCGUGGGUAGUGACCGAAAGAAUAAGGUCGCAAGUUUGGCCCGUGGAAAUAAGGUUCCUCUGCAGGGUUGCUGGGCUUACUCUUCAUGAUGGCAUGUGAGGAUCUCGAUAAUCUGGGAAAGCCCUGGAGUAGAGCUGUUUUUCGGGCAGGACGCCCCGUGAUCUCGUCCCAGUAGAGCUGUAUCAGGCACGUCCCACUGGACAGAGACCCUGGGGCAGACCCAAGAUCCGUUGGAGAGAUUGUAUCUCAGAGUUGGCCUGGGAAUGUCUGGGGAUCCCUCAGGAGUAUCUGGAAUCUGUGGCCAGGGAUAGAGAAGUCUGGGAUGACCUUCGCAACCCCCGUGACCCCCCACGAGGAAAAGUGGAAGAAAAAUGAAUGAAUAAAUGAAUGAAUAAAAAAUUUAAAACAAUUUGGUUUGAAAGACUUCUUUAAUCCCUGAGUCCUAUAGCAACACUGAUAUUCAUGAACAUGAAUAGCAAGUAUAUCUGUGUUUCGG